AUGGAGCAUUCUCAGAGGACAAAAAGGAGGAAAAUAGCUGCGAAAGUUGCUGAGCAUUUUCGUGUUGUUUCACAACAAUUUGAACAACCACUAGAUUUGAAUUUGCAAUCUGAACCAUUGGAGGAUUCUGUCUAUUAUGACUGUGUCGAACAUGUAGCAGAGGAUGAAGUAAAUGAAUAUCCCAGAGACAUGUUUUAUGAUGCUUUGGACAAUAACUUCUUUUACAAUGAUUUUGACAAUGGGAUGGCUGAUGAUUCCAGUAACUUUGACCUGGACUCUGAAUGUUCUGAUUCAGAAGAUUCAGCUUCAGGCAGACUAGAUGACACAAAUGGUCUUGCAGACUGGGCUGCAGAAUACAACAUUUCUCAAAAUGCAUUGUCUGCUCUUCUGAAAAUUCUCAGAAAAAAAGCCCUUAAAGUGCCAUUGGAUGCUAGAACCAUAAUGUCCACAGACCGCAAAUUUGUGGAUUUUUUUGAUGGUGGAGGUGUAGCAAUUGUUCCUUGCAAAUGGUUUACUGGACCAGAAGAAGAUGCUUGUUACUGGCCACCAGGGCGAAUGAACAUCACCAAGGCAGUAAAGGAAGAACUUGUUCCAGACUCUGACUGGCCGAAGUUUAAAGUGCGUGUCUUGGGAAAAGCAGGAAACUAUGCCCACGCCACAGCAAAACUUUUGAUGUCUGAGGCAACCUCAGACUUGCAGACUGAGUCUGAUUCUGGAAGAAAGUUGGGAAAAGGGAAGCGCAAAAAAAGGGCAGUAUGUCUGUCAAGCUCAGAUGAGGAUAGUGCCGGACAGGAUCAUGCAUCUAGUGGGCCUUUAUCUUCCCCAAUUCCAAACAACCUCCAACCACAGGCUCCCCACUCACUCAAGACCCGUCCAUUUAUCCAACCCCCUCCACUUUCAGCUCCUUUAAUGUCUGUUACUUCAGAACGACCCAGUACAAUUCUUCAAGAUCCCAGUUCUGUAGUUCGAGAUCAGCAUUUACCUCCCCGAGUGCCAGAGAACCGCCAACCGGAGACUCCCCACUUACACAGGACCCAUCCAUGUAUUCAGCCCUCUCCACCUUCAACACCUUUAAUGGCUGUUACACCAGAGCACCCCAGUAGAGUUCUGCAAGGUGCUAGUCCUUCAUUUAGAGAUAGCAUGUUUGCCCGUCUCUUAACUGUCCUGGAGGAAAUAAAGGAGACGCAGAAGGUCCAUGGGAGGAUGCUACAAUCACUUCUCACACAACGGGAUGCAAUAGUUAUAGCUGCUCUUCCAGAGGACACCGUUUUCCCCCUGAGGACAGUCUCGGAUGUUGAUGCAAUGGAGCAGAAAUUGUCAGACCCCACCUUUCUCAACCAAGUGGUUGCUGUGGUGGCAGAUAUUGGAGGGAGUACUGUGGAUGAAGCCAUAAGAAGGAUGAUGGCUUUUCUUUUAGAUCCUGCUCUAUCUAGGCAGUAUAACUUUGUUGGCCGCCAUGGAAAGCGAGAGUUUGGGAGGCUCAAACUGUUUGAGGUGGUAUAUGGAAGUUUGAAAAAAAAUGCCCUAACGAAUAAAACAACAAGAAGAGAGGCAGAGAAGGCAGUGUCCAAGUGGCUAAUCGGUGCCAGGGACAGGGGAGGUUAUCGCACUGCCAGGGCACGAGUUGGACAACAAGAUGGGUAA